GUGAUGUGUGUGAUUGAACUCAACGCAAGUACUUACGUUAGUGUUGAUCGAGUGUAUGUGAGCAGAAACAGAUUCGAGAAAUGAAGAGCGAAGUUGGUCGCGCGCGGGAAUAUCGUCGGUUGUAUGUUUGACCCUUUUUUGUGCUUGUGAUUUAUCCAGGAGAUUAUAUUGUGACUGCUGCUGGUGGUGCGAGGAAACGUGUGUGUUGUUUUUUUUUUUUACCGCCAACAAUAUAAUUACUAUACAUUGUAUGAACAAGUUAUUUUUUUUAUAUCAAUAUAAUAUUAAUUAACAUUAUACAUACAUAGUAUAGAUAUAUAAAAUAACAUUAUUAAAUUUACGAUUGUGUGUAAAAGAAAACGAGUGAAAAAUGGCAACGUUAGCUGAACAGGCAUCAAAAUUGCUGGACUUUGGCCAGAAGCUGGACAUAACGCUUCUCGACAGUAUUGUCGCGUGUAUGUAUGGUGGAAUUGGUGAACAACAGAAGGUCGCACAGGAAGUCCUUAACACCCUUAAAGAACAUCCUGACGCUUGGACGCGGGUUGAUACUAUUUUAGAGUAUUCUCAGAACCAGGAAACAAAAUUUUAUGCAUUACAAAUUUUGGAGCAAGUCAUAAAAACAAGAUGGAAAGUACUACCGAGAAAUCAGUGCGAGGGUAUAAAGAAGUAUAUUGUAGGAUUGAUUAUUAAGACCAGUAGUGAUCCGGAAAUAAUGGAUAAAUCCAAAGUUUACCUUCGUAAACUUAAUAUAAUUCUUGUACAAAUAUUAAAACGUGAGUGGCCAAAGAAUUGGGAAUCCUUCAUCGGUGACAUCGUAGGUGCGAGUAAAACAAACGAAAGUUUAUGUCAAAAUAACAUGGUAAUUCUUCAACUGCUAUCAGAAGAAGUAUUUGACUUUUCAAGCGGACAAAUGACGCAAACAAAAGCAAAGCACCUUAAAGAUACAAUGUGCAGUGAAUUUUCGCAAGUAUUUCACCUCUGUCAAUUUGUAAUGGACAAUUCGCCAAACGUACCAUUGGUCGCGGCAACCCUCGAGACACUGCUUAGGUUUUUGAAUUGGAUACCCCUCGGCUAUAUAUUCGAAACAAAGCUAAUUACAACGCUGAUAUUCAAGUUUCUAAAUGUCCCGAUAUUCCGUAACGUCACGCUUAAAUGUUUGAUUGAGAUAGCCGCGGUAACGGUAGCUAAUUACGACAACAUGUUUAUAUUACUGUUCACAAACACAAUGCAACAGUUAGAGGAAAUGCUAUACCCAACGACAAACAUCCGCGACGCUUACGCUUAUGGUCAGGAUGAUGAGCAAAAUUUUAUCCAAAAUUUGGCGAUAUUUCUCUGCACAUUUUUGAAAGAGCACGGUGCUUUGGUUGAGAAAAAAGAGCUUAAUGAAACGUUAUUGAAAGCGCUUCACUAUCUUGUGUUAAUAUCAGAAGUUGAAGAGGUCGAAAUAUUCAAAAUUUGUUUAGAGUACUGGAACAACCUCGCUGCGGAUCUUUACCGUGAAAAUCCGUUUAUGUCAUCACCACCAAUGAUUAGUCCUAAGAAUAAUAUAACAGUACCACCUCGACGUGCAUUUUAUUGUCCAGUAUUGACUAAGGUGCGUUAUAUUAUGAUAAGCCGUAUGGCCAAACCUGAAGAGGUGUUGGUUAUUGAGAAUGAAAAUGGAGAGGUUGUUCGUGAAUUUAUGAAAGACACCGAUUCUAUUAAUUUAUACAAAAAUAUGCGUGAGACACUUGUUUACCUUACGCAUUUAGACUACGCAGACACGGAAAAAGUAAUGACUGAAAAAUUGCAAAAUCAAGUAAACGGAAGCGAGUGGUCAUGGAAAAAUUUAAAUACGCUUUGUUGGGCCAUCGGUAGUAUUUCCGGAGCGAUGCACGAGGAAGAUGAAAAACGCUUCCUGGUUACUGUAAUUAAGGAAUUACUCGGUCUCUGUGAGCAGAAAAAGGGCAAAGACAACAAAGCCAUUAUUGCGAGUAAUAUUAUGUACGUAGUAGGUCAGUAUCCCCGAUUUUUGCGUGCUCAUUGGAAGUUUUUGAAGACCGUUGUUAAUAAAUUGUUUGAAUUUAUGCACGAGACACACGACGGAGUCCAGGAUAUGGCUUGUGAUACCUUUAUUAAGAUUGCACUAAAAUGUCGCAGACACUUUGUGACAACCCAAGUCGGCGAAACUAUGCCAUUUAUUGAAGAGAUACUUUCAACAAUAAGCGGCAUUAUUUGUGAUUUACAAACACAACAGGUUCAUACAUUCUAUGAGGCUGUUGGUUAUAUGAUUAGUGCUCAGGUUGAUGAUAUUGGACAGAAGGAACGGAUUGAACGUUACAUGCUGCUGCCAAAUCGAGUGUGGGAUGAUAUUAUUAGUCAGGCAUCUAAGAAUGUCGAUGUCUUAAAGGAUCCAGAAGCUGUUAAGCAGCUCGGUAGUAUUCUCAAGACGAAUGUUAGAGCGUGUAAAGCUUUAGGACACCCCUAUGUUAUACAGUUAGGAAGAAUAUACUUAGACAUGUUAAAUGUAUACAAGGUAAUGAGUGAAAAUAUAAGUGCUGCGAUAGCUUUAAAUGGUGAAGGUGUAACAAAUCAACCCCUGAUAAAAAGUAUGAGAGUUGUUAAAAGAGAAACAUUAAAAUUGAUCUCCGAUUGGAUUAGCAGAUCGAAUGAUCACCAAAUGGUUCUCGAAAAUUUCAUUCCACCUUUGCUGGACGCUGUGCUGUUGGACUACCAGAAGACAAAUGUACCGUGUGCGAGAGAGUCUGAAGUACUGAGUGCUAUGGCGACGAUUGUUAACAAAUUAGAGGGACACAUUACCAGCGAAGUGCCGAAAAUAUUCGACGCUGUGUUUGAGUGCACACUUGAAAUGAUAAACAAAGACUUUGAAGAGUUUCCCGAACACAGAACAAACUUUUUCCUUCUACUUCAGGCUGUUAAUAUCCAUUGUUUCCCAGCUUUCUUAUCCAUACCCCCGGCACAAUUUAAACUUGUACUUGAUUCAAUAAUAUGGGCAUUCAAGCACACGAUGAGAAAUGUCGCUGAUACGGGUUUGGCUAUUCUUUAUCAACUGUUGCAGAAUAUUGAACAACAUGAGCAAGCUGCUCAGAGUUUCUAUCAAACAUACUUUACUGAAAUUCUACAACAUAUAUUCAGUGUUGUUACUGAUACUUCACAUUCAGCUGGUUUAACAAUGCAUGCAACUAUUUUGGCGUAUAUGUUUACAUUAGUUGAAUUGGGAAGAAUUCUUGUACCACUUGGCGCAAUACCUGAUAACAGAGUAUAUGUACAAGAAUUUGUAGCCAGCUUAUUAAAAGCAGCUUUCCCACAUUUAACAGAUAAUCAGAUUAAAAUAACUGUCCAAGGAUUAUUUAAUUUGGAUCAAGACAUACCGGCAUUCAAGGAACAUCUUAGAGACUUCCUUGUACAAAUUAGAGAAUAUACCGGUGAAGAUGAUUCUGAUCUGUAUUUGGAAGAACGUGAGUCGGCCUUACGAACCGCUCAGGAAGAAAAAAGGCGGCAACAAAUGGCUGUACCGGGUAUUAUUAAUCCUCAUGAAAUGCCAGAGGAGAUGCAGGACUGAAUUUUUACAUCCCCAUACCUCAUUUAAUUCCUCCUGCACAUCUAAAACGAAAGACUCUUUGUCAUAGAUAAAAAAAACCAACAACAUCAGUACAUUAUUACGAUCAGUUCCUUUUCUUUUUUCACUUACCGUCAUCAAUGUAACAUUUAAUAUCAUUUAUAACUAAACUAAAUAUAAAAGGUUUUACAAAACUAUGGUUGCAAAACGAAUACUCGUGGUAAAUUGAACAUACGAGUGUGUAAUGACAUCCUUGUUGAAGGAGGUAAGCCCGAAACAACGUGAUUGUUAUUAAAAAUAUAUAUUUAAUAAUGAAAAAAUUUUUUGUUUGUUGAUGAGUGCCUGAUUUUUUUAAAAUAAUUCCACGUAAUUUACAUCCGUUUUCAUAAUUAAAUAAUAGUGUUCGAGUAGUUUAAAUUUAAUUGAUAAUAAAACAAAUUAAAUUAAAUAUCAGAAAUGAUAUAAAAGCACCAGGUUGCAUUAAGGUCUACUGCCGCUUGACAUUCUGGUAAAUUAAAAUAAUUAAAAUACGUGACAAUUUUGUGUUCGUAAACGAGUUUAAUAAACAAAAUGCUAAUGAAUAUUUAAAAAUAAGUUGUGGUGUCUGGAUUUAAAAAUAUGCGUAUUUUUUAAUAAAAUCAGAUUAUUAAUUAAUUAAUUAAUAACGUCUGUGAUGCGUUUAUAUUCCCUUAAUUCAUUUCUAAACUUAUAGUUUAUAAGAAGAAUAAUUUUGUUGAUUUGCAGUUUUUUGUAACAGUACAUUUCUUCAGCAUUUUUUCAAUACUUCAUGCCUGGAUAUUUUAAAUAAAAAUAAUUUAAAACAGAAUGAAUAUUAAAUACGGUAGCUUUUGCAAAUUAUCUAUAAUUUUUUAUGCAUAAAAUAUUAAAAUUACGGAUUUAAUUUAUUAUUUAUUUUAUUAUGUUUUUUUUUUUUUUUUUUUUUUUUUUUUUUCGUUCCAUUUGCAUUUAGCUGUUCCCAAUUCCUGUUUGUAUGUAUUUAUUAGUUUGUCAGUAUGUCAAUAAUGCCGAAAUUAUAUAUCGUUUAAAUUGAAUUACUAUAAAUUUUUCAACUUAAUUAUUGAAUAUUUAUUAAAUGUAAGAAUUAAAAAAUGCAAAUUAAAGUAUGACCUGUGUGUGAGUAAGUGAUUGUAUGUGUGUAUUAGAAAUAAACUAACUAUUCACAGAGAUUCGAGCUUGCCUCCAUGUAUUUUAGUCUUCUAAAAAUUCUAUUGACACGGUUUUUAAAUCGAAAUAAGGUGUGUACAAGAAAUUAUUACUAUUACUAUUAUUAUAAUUAUUAUUAUUGAUAAAUGAUAACUUUUUGUUGCUUGUCAGAAGCAUUUAUUUGUGUAGACGUUUCAUAUAAUAUUUUUUAUUUGUUUCUUCAACAAAAGUUUAUUGAAAAAAAAAUUUUACACGAGCCAAUUAAUUAAAUUUGAUCUUAAAAAUGUACGGGCCAAUUAUCCUUUAUUAUUUGUACGGUGAUUAAUUGAUAUUAAACGAAGCAGAUAAAACAAUUCAUUUAAAUGUAGUUAAUAUUAUUUUUUGUUUAUUGUAUAAUAAUUUUACAGUAGUUGGUAAUUUUGGGAUUUAAUGGGGCCAUCGCUGUUGCUUGUGUACGUCUCCAAAUUAAUUAAUUAAUCGAUUAAUUACCUAA